AUGCUCUCGCCAAGUGUCUGGUGUCAGAAACCAGGAUUUUACCGCAACCGCUGUAGCUCAGUGGGCUGGCUGAGCAAGAUUCCCAUCAGUCGACAAAUAAGAGACAAGCUGGGCUCUGUCUCCACAUGGGCCGCACUGUUACCAGGAGCCGACAGCCAAUCACGUCCCCCCAGUGGCCCAUUUCGACAAAUGGGCCUUUUCUGCAACCAAUCACAGGAAGUUUCUGCCGUUAGGGAUUAUGUGCCGUUUCCUCACCCAAAAGCUUUCGGCUUGUCCCCUCCCACUCUUGAAAAAGCAGCGACUCCACAAACUAGAAAGCGGUGCGAACUAAAUACCUGCCUCUCUGACCACCAGCCUCAGCCUUUCAGCCUCGCUCGUCUGCGCUUGUGCGAUUGCUGGGAGGAGGCAGCCGCGUUUCGUCCGCUUUUGUGUGGUUGUACAGAAGUGCUGCGGUUGGGAGGAGGAGGAGGAGGUGGAGGGGAACAGCUGCUCCCCACACAGAAGCCGGUUUCCCAGCCUGACAGGCAGCGAGAGGCAGCUAGUGCCGGGGCUGUUUUCCCGGGGGCCCUCGGGUUGGUUCGGCAGCCUCCGCAGCUCCGGCUAGGAGGGAGAUUUUUAUGGCGGUGGCGAAACACGAAAUGGACCAGAACAAGUAGGAUUCUUUCCUUCACAAGGCCAGGCGCGCGUGUUCUCCCACAGAAAUCGGGAGCAGAUAUGGAUACAUCUCCACUGAAACUCGACCAGGUUGGACAAGCUGCCAGUUUCAUUAUCAUUUACUGUGUUGUGCGUAUCUGCUGUUGGACAGAAGACACGGAGCAUAUUUUUAAUAAUAUAAUACACAUCACAAAAAAGACAGCAGGAACCACCACAGAAAUCACCCAGUAUCCCUUUCAGCUGACAGAGUGUGAUGUCAAAUUGUCUUGUGUUUUGUCAUCACUGCUGCAUAUCAGUCUGUUUUCCCCUGAGACGUUUGUGAUGGCUGUUUAUUGUCAGACAGCAUUGGAUAUUUGGGGAAGAAAAGUGGUAGGGAAGGGUCACAACGGUUGACUGCUCUGACUUUUCAUAUUUAUCUUUAUAUUUUUGUCUUUUUAUUUUUUUUUAUCUUUGAUAUUUUUAGCAACACUGCUUUAAUUAGUCUGUUGACAGCCUGCUGUGCUGUAGCUCUUCAAGCGAAACACCCUCUUCGAAAAGUCAUGUCUAAUUCUUUCUUUUUGAAGUAUUACACUUGAAUUGUUCAGACAAUAACUAGUUGACUUUAAAAAUGUACUUCUAAACAUCCAUAAAAAGCAGUAAACCUGUACAUAUGAAUUGAACAACAUUUAGAGAAUAAAUACUUGCUCAUUUCUAGUUCUUUGAGUGACAUAUCAUUUCGGUUGUUAGCAUCCGAAAAUAAUUUCCCAUGAUCUGUCUGUCAUCGGUUUUCCAAUCCGUCAGCUUCUAGAUGUAUUUCUAUAGCCCUGCUAAAGACCCUGACAUACAGGUUUUAUUUUUCCCCCUGAAUCAGGGAGGAUUAAAGGGAUUUUCACAGCCCCAGGCCAUAAACAGAGUGUGAAAUGGAAUAUCUUAACUGUAGCGUACAGCACCAGUGUCGUUAGCUUCUAGAUCCAGUGGUGUUUCUAAUUAUCAGAACUGAUGUCACUUCCCAUGAGAGUUGGUGAAGUAGUUGAUGUGGGUUAUAUCUGGAAUGCUAGCUUACUACUUCGUAAGUGCUUCACAGUAUAUACUGUAAAGUGACAACACUUUUAAAAUAGGAAGUGAAACUGUUAAGUGAAAAAUCCUAAAAUGAUUUCAGAUAGUAGCAUGAUAAAUUGUUAUGAACGUCAUGUUGCAUGUUAAUUCAGCAAGUGGCAUUCUAGUAAUACAUUCAGUUUUAUAUAUAUAUAUAAAACUGUAUAUAUCAGUUUUUUAUUUAUUGUAAAGUGAGAUUUGUAUAAAGUUAUAAAAAGUUUUUUUUAUAGACCUUUUGGCAGUUUGGUCAAGUAAUAAGCCUAAAUACUGAAGCAAAACUUACCUCUGGUUCAUUCAUCAUGCUGGGAAUGAAAGGUCAAGUCAAGCACAUUGCUUUAUGGCAUAAAGAAGUAAUUGUAAUGUGUUGUAUACUGCUCAUUUGUGUAAAUUUUAGAAGGCCAUCUGGCUAUUUUAUAUUGAAUAACGAAUAUUUACAUAUUGCACACUCUAUAUUUUAUAUACAAUACAGCACAAAUACUAGGAACAGUAUGCUACUGUUACAAAUAUAGUUAUAAUUAAGAAUUCAGGCUAAGUGGUUUCAGUUCUGCUGUAUAAUCCUAGUUUAACACUGUUUAAAAGAUUGGGGUCAGUAAGAUUUUUUUAUGUAUUAUGUAAUAUAUUUCUUAUAUUCACAGCAUUUAUUUGAUUAAAAGUAGAGUCAUUUCUAAAUACUGUAUUUACAAGUAUACAAGUAUUCUCAAUUUUAAUAUAUUUUGUAAUUACAUUUAUUUUUGUAAUUGCAAAGCUGAAUUUUUUGUGUCACAUGAUACAUCCGAAAUCAUUUGCUGCUCAAGAAAUAUUUUCUAUUAAUGUAGAAUGUGCUGCUUAAUAUUUUUAUGAAAACCAUGAUACAAUGUUUCAGGAUGAAUACUCUUUGAAAAUGAUUGAAUAAUAUAUAUCUGUGGAGCAUCUUAGACCAGAUAACAUUACUGUAAAGUUCAUUUGCAUGUCAUCUGGCAUCUUAUUAAGACAAUGGUUGUCUAAAUAGCGUGUCUCGGAUAACUCAGCAUUCUUGGAAUUUGAUUAAUCCAGCAGAUCAGCGUUUGAAAACUCUUUGAUUUCCUUGUUUGGGCACGUUACCAAGCUAAAAGUAGUGCUUUUAAAUCAAUUGUUGAGUGUCUGGCAGCAGGCACGUCUUUGGCAUUCAAAACUCAAGGUUUUCUUCUGCAGUAUGCUUCCAAAAUGUAGGUUUAUAAGCUUCAGUGGUGUGUUGAAGCAAUGCACUUAACGGCCUCAUAUGUCUGCCCGGCAUCUCGUGUUGGUGGGUCUCCAGCGUGAACGCCUGCAGUCUGUGAGGCCCAGUGUUCAUGAAGUAUUUUAGUCUGGCCUGAAAGCGUCUGUAAGCACACAUAGGCCCCACAGCAACACCGCCAACAUGGUGAAAGGGACUUAACUGCUAUCAAUUAAGCACAGACAAAUGAGCAGUGAAAUAAACGAGGAUUCAAUGGGCAAGCGUAAGAGUCUCCGUCAUUGAUUCCCCUCUCACACGACGACAGGGUUGGAACGGGCUUAGCGCGGCCCCUCUAAAGCUUGAAAAGACGUGGCUCCUCUACCCAAGGCUUAAGUCCACUUCAGUCCCCUUUAGUCAGGCGUCAGCUGUCUUUCUCUGUCAGCCAAACCUUCAUGCAGCUUACAUCUGAAUUCUGUUUAGGCUCUUAGGAUUUAAUUUAUAGAAAACAGCAGUCGAAACUCUUAAAGGGAUAGUUGAAAAAAAAAAAAACUCUUUUGCUCACCCUCAUGUCACACAUUUCUGAUAUAAUAAAAGCGAAUGAGGACAGAGACUGUCAAACUUUAUAAAAAAUUAAAUCCCAAAAAUUAUAAUAGUGGUCAAUGUGUCUCUUUAUAAUUAAACAAUUUACUGCUUUAUGUAAUAAAUAUACUAUAAUUUAAGUUGUUAUUUACUUCAGUGUUCUGACUGGACACUGGUUUGUGAAUGAAUCAUUCAAAAAGAUAAGCUGUUUUACUGAAAAGAUCUGGAUCAUAAUUCACAGCUUAAACAUCACAAGAAGAUGUUGGAGACAUAUUGAGAUUUUCAGCACUUUCAGUCUGCUCUUCACACAAAGCUAUCAUUUGACUAUGAACUACUUAGCCCCGGACCUCAUUCAUUUUCAUUUUUUUUUCAAAAGACUAACUCUUUCAUAAAUUGACAUAUAGUGUUCCACAGACUAAAGAAAGGCAGUCAGGAUGGAUUGACAUGAGAGUGAGUGAAUGGUUUUCAUUUUUGGGUGAACUAGCCACAGUAUGUUAAAUCGAAGGGAAAGGCCGUUGUUUUGUAUUCCACCAUUUCCUGUUUAAACUGACAGAGGGAGUCGAGCUGCUUUUAUUUUAGGAGGGAUUUUUCCGCCUUCACCUCUGCUCUCGGAUGACUCUUCCAGAUGUAGCGCAGCAAACCCGGCUUGAAAUCGUGCUGGUUCAGCAAAACCAAGUCCAGCUGGCAGCCGAGUCGAGCUGCAACUCGUUGGUUACAGCUGUGCUUAGAUUUAUGUGAUGGCUGAACAAAUAAAUUAGUGAAUUUGAUCGGGAGAAAGUUGAAGCUUUUGUUUCAGUGAGCAGUGGGUCCACAGAAAGGGGCAGAACAGCAGUGUCCUGGUGGGUUUUCUUAGUCAAGUCAAUUGCUGAAGUAUUGUUUUGACAUUUUCAUUUUGACAGAUAUCCAUAAACAAACUGUUUACAUAUACAGUCUUGCACUGAUUAUGCCCUCUUACGCUGCCCAAUGAUAAAACGCUAAAAUGUUCUUUUAUCUGGAAGUAACUAACGCAGAUGGAUCAACACACCUAGAUUUCUGUUAUUGUCAUUUUGAUGUACAGGCAUUUAUCACCAUUCUGUCAGUUUAGUUGAAGUGCACAUCUAUUUACAUUAUGGGGUAAAGAUUGAGGAGAAGCUGAUAAAUUAUUGCUGAGGAGUUUGUAUAAACACUGUUUUCUUGCUUUGUUGGGUUUGUAAAAUUAUUUUUUUUCAUCAUUGUCAGCGUUUUGCUGUGCAAACACACAUACCAUAAAACUUUUCUCAAAGCACUUCUGAAGGGAAUAAAUGUGUACAAAAUUAACCGCUUUAUGUGCAAACGGGUAUUGAAAUAUGUAAUUCACAGAUUGACUUAAAAGGGACAUUUGCAAUCCAUUUAACUUAAUAUUCAAAAACUUGAUUUUCUUCUAAAUUUGAUUGUAUCACGAUUUGUUAGGCUGUGAUGUUAUUAGCUGUUAUUAAUUUUUCAGUCUUUCCUUGCUUAGGUUAAUUCCAAAUUUAAUUUUGCUAAAACAUUUUGAUCCAACACUUGAUCAAACAUACUGCAAGCAUACUGAUAAAUUAGUUCGUAUUGUCUCUAAAUUCACAGUUUUGUGAUUAUUUAAGACAGUAUGCCUUUUGUCAACCAGUUCUGUCUGAUUCUUCCAGACGUGUGACCAAACCCUACUCAUUGAUUCUUAUUACAAGGUCUGCGAUUGGCCGUCUAGCCUUUUGCCCCCUGUACACGAGAACGGAGCACUGAUGAACAUGACCUAGUGGUCCCAGACUGCUGUCGACUUUAACAGGGCCGCAGCUGCAUCAGGACCCAGCAGACGUUAGCGUGGUGAUGAGGUGCUGAGAUUUAUGACAGAUGAAUAAGAGUAAUCUAAGCGUAGCAGACAGAGGUGCUAUUGAUCUGUCUGGAGUCAGGGCCACGCUGCUGCUGAUGACACUUUUUUCAGUCGAUACGCAUUUGACCUCUGACCCUGCAUGAGAGAUCAAUGAGUUCGAUUUGGAUGGGCGGGGCCUAUGUGCUGGGCCACCAGCCAGUUAUAGCAGUUAAAGACCUGCGUUCAGCAGACCUAAACGAUAUGUGUCUGUGCACUCAGAUGGUCUCUGGGUUCUAAGAUGGAAAUAAAACCUAUGACAUUUUGCUGAAUUUGAUAAAUAUUGUUUCGAUGUUUGAUAAGACAGCAUCACUAUUAGAUUUGUACAAACUGUUAAUGUUUUCUGUAAAUAUUUUACGCAAAAGGUUAAACUUCUGUGUUUAAUUAUUUAACCUCACGUCAUUCUAAACCAGUAAGACCUCUGUUCAUCAUCUUACGCAAAUUAAGAUGUUUUUGAGGAAAUCUUUGAGCUUUCUGACCUUGCAUAAACAGGAGCACAACUGUAUUUUUACUAAACUUUGAAGUAUUAUAGUUCAAUGUGUACCUCAUGCCACAUAUGUUUAGGAAUGUCAUCUCAAAUAUCAUGGCAUUUUAAAGAGACAUGCUGUGUGCCAAUCAGAUCACUAUUUUCAACUUGGGGGAAUAAAAUGCCUAAAAAUAGAUGUGGCAAAAAAUCAGCUUUCCUGUUGCUCAAACUGUAGACCACGGCACUAGCAAGGUCAUAGGUUUCAUUUUCAGAAAAAGGCAAGGCCUGAUAAUAUGUGCACCUAAGUUGCUUUGAAUAAAUGGCUUUGUGUCGGCUUUUUUGACUACAGCUCAUGUUUUCUUCACAAAAUGUAGAAUUGUAGUUAAAAUUUUUUGGAUGUGAUUAAAGAGAUCCACAUCUUUGGGGUCCCAUUUUUGUGUGUGAUUGUUAAUGAGUCAUUGUGUUUUGAAAUUACUAGAAUGGUGUUCCAGGAUAUGAGAUUUCUGAGUGGGUCUGAACGCUUGUAAAGUCACAGUUUAAUUGGAGACGGAUGCUGAACUCAAUAUGUUUCUCUUUGUGUAGUAGUUUAUGGUGUUUUCCCUUCUGUCUAGCGUUCAUUGUGUGUUGUGCGUAUGUGUGUGUGCGCUCUUGGGCACUAUGUGGUGACAGCGCUCUGCUGAUGGACUUUGUGUGUGUGUGUGUGUGUGUGUGUGUGUGUGUGUGUGUGUUGAUUGAUCACCAUCAUUCCCUUUUGGACCCUGCUGAUCCCACCAACCUUCCCCACAAGCACACACACAAACACACACUUCUCCAUCCUACAGCGUGAUAGACUUAAACCUGUAUGCUGCUCGUUCAUAUCGACAUACCUGUGUUCAGACGCUGCCCAAGAUGGCUUGAGUUUAAACACUGAAUCUAUGUGGAUUUGUGAGCCCUCCUGCUUUGUGUGUGUGUGUGUGUGUGUGUGUGUGUGUGUGUUUGGAGCUCUGCAUUGCAGCAGAACAGACGUGGCGAGUUUGUGCAUUAAGCUCGUAAUCAAUGAUGUGUGCGGUGGGCAGUCAGCGCCCAGCACCCCUCUAUGAUGGGGUCACGACUCUCACACACCCCCCAGUGCAAGCAGAGGGGUCAGAGGUCAUUCAGGGCCACUGCCAGACAGAUAAAGAUGCGUCUGGUGCUCGGAGAACCACACAGGGCGUGCAUGUUGUCUUUGUAUUUUUUUGUUUAAUAUUUAUCAGUUUUUUGCAUGUUUUAUAUACUACAUAUCUGCAUGUAUACAUUGGCCCUGGUUCAUGACGCAUAUAUCAUUCAUUGAGAAUGAACUAAUAAACCUCAUGUUUUUUUUUUUUAAUGAACUUGUUUAUGCAGAAAUUUGUUAUGCUAAUGUCUCAUGAGGCCUAUUAUUUUUGAUUCACAUUGCAGACUUUCAAUCAGCCUGCAUGACGAUGAUUGUAUUGUUUUUCACUCUUGUUGUUUAACAUCUUAUCAUUUGUUUAUUUUGCUGUUUUUGUUGAUCACCUUAUUUUGUUCACAUAACAAUAGUUUUAUAGAAUUUAUGGCUGUUAUUUUUAUUAUUUUUUUUUUUC